AUUGUACAGAACGCUCUCGUGGUACUGUUGCUGCGGGAAGAGAGGCGGGGCUGGGUCACGUGAUGCGAAUCUGCUUUCUCUGCGGGGAGAAGUUCCUGGUUGUCGAGCGAGUGACCGGGCUUUCCGUACGGUGUCGGGGACUGGAGGUCGCUUGGUGUGAGGGGGAGUCGUGCUCGCUGUGUGAGGUACAUAUGCACAUGUAGAAGGGAAUUUAACUGAAAAGGCGGACUAUGAGGAAUAGAUAUAAUUGAAAUGCCCAGAAAAAGAAAGAGUUUGUCUGCCAGUCCUCAGAGAAAGACUUCAAAUGCCGGCUCUAUAUUAGCCCCCUCAUCCUCAGCUGCGCUGCCUCUACCGUCAGCAAUGAGCAAUAAGAAGGAGGAAAUGUUGUGCAGUAUGUGUGAGAUGUUCCCCAACCUGGACCCUGCCUUGGUUGAGAUGGUGCUCUCUGAAUAUAAAGAAGUAGAGGUAGUGAUGGACUGCCUCUUGGAGCUUUCAACAGACACUAAAGGGGAGACCCAACUGGAGUCAACUGGAUUUCACAAGAUAGCAUCAUUUCUGGAUGACUUCCAGGCUAAUUCAGAGAGUUCAGAAAAUGUGGACCCUGCUUCUGACCAGAUAGAAGAACCCCAAGAUGACCUAUUUAUGGAUGGGACUCUGUGCAAUGAUUUGGAUACUCUGUUAGAUGAGACACUUGAUAGGUAUGGUUUAAGCAGUGCAGAAAACAUUUUUAACACAGAACUGUGUGAGCAUUCAGUACCCACAGUGUCUACUGACAUGAUGAUGCCAGAGCGGUUUCAGAAUACACCAUUCCAAACAGAUGAAAUGGAAGUUACUGUUCACUCCCAGACAGACCUGGAAAGAGAAGACUAUCAAGAUGAUCUGUAUUUGGAUGCCUCACCUCCUGAGUGUAACGGGGAUACUGUUCCUACUUCACCAUCAGAUGCUCCUAAAGCCACUGAGAAGAGCAAACCAGAGGUGGACUUUAGCAAAACACCACAAAUGAUUUUCAAAUUUGAGGGCAGUAAAAAGCCAGUCAACAAGCAGAGUACUGGCUUAUUGUUUACACCACCGCUUUCAAGUGUUUCCUCACAGUCCCACACUAAGUGGAAUCCUAUGGCAUCCUCCUUUUAUCCAACAUCCAACCCACAGAGCUUGUUCUUUACACCAGUAGCUGCUAUUCCUGUGCCGUGGAUGGCAGGUGCAAGAGUACCUUUUAGAGGAAUUAGCUAUAGUCCUCAAGUGCCGCCUUUGUAUAACUGGAAUUUUAACCACAUUCUUCAAACCAGUUGUAGUGCUCAGAAUGUGAAACCCGUAAGUCAGUAUGAACCUGGGCCACCGAUUGGUCCUCAAAUCUCUAAAAAAGCUACCAAAAUUGUAGGAAAUGUUCUAAUUUUGCUGAGGGGUGCCCCGGGGUCUGGAAAGUCUACAUUAGCAAGGGUGUUGCUGGAGCAGAACCCAGCGGGAGUUAUUCUGAGUACUGAUGAUUAUUUUAAACAGAAUGGUCGAUACAAGUAUGAUGUGACCUGCCUAGAGGAGGCCCAUGAGUGGAAUCAUAAGAGAGCCAGAGAUGCCUUUGAAAAGACGGUCUCCCCUAUCAUAAUAGACAAUACCAACUUGCAAGGAUGGGAAAUGAAGCCAUAUGUUUCUAUGGCUAUGAAACACAAAUACAAAGUAACUUUUCGUGAACCCGACACUUGGUGGAAAUAUAAACCUAAAGAACUUGAAAGGCGCAACGCUCAUGGUGUAAAGAAAGAGAAGAUUAAGAAAAUGUUAGAACAUUUUGAACGUGUUACAGUGAAUUCUAUAUUAAAUCUAUCUCAUCCAAAGACAUCAGAAAGAGCUGAAAUUUGUCAAAUCAUAAAACCAGGUGAAAAAAAUAGGCCGGAUAGUUUGUUACCACCUACUUCGAAGGAAGAAGAAACCUGUUUUUCUGAAACAUCUGUAACUCAUCCAGAAAAUACGUCCGCCUUGGAAAUGUCGAAAGAGGGUCCUGAAAUUUCACUUUUUAAGCAGCCAGUUAUAGAAAAUCUGAGACAUGCAGAUGACAAAAAUGAAAACUGUGUAGAUUUAGUUCAGUAUGCAGAGGCUUUAAAUAUUUGUGAUGAGGAGUCAAACCAUAUUGACUGUUCUGUCGAUUCUGACGGCUUAGAGGCAGCAACUGCAGAUACACAUGUUUCAUGUACUAAUAGUGAUUUGGUACAGUUCAGUGAAAGGCCGGAAUUGCAAAGCUUUGUUGGAGACUGGCCUGUAGAACACACUAUGAGUCAGAGGGCUCCACGGAGUAAAAAGAAGACUAAAAUAAAACGUGAAAUGCAUGAUCCCCCAGCUCAACAAGCUAGUGAAGAAGAGCAGACCACAGAUUAUAGUAUGGCUCAAAUAGAUAUUAAACCAGUUGAGCAUGAUCCAUCCAAAGAAAGUAGUAUUUUAAAACUUAAAAAUGAUGUUGACUCCACCAGUUGCCUUCAUGAGGAGGAAAAAGUAAUCGAUCUUGCAUUAUUCCCCUCAACGGACGAGGAGAUGGAAGCUCAAGGAAAACUACAAUCCGAUGCAGCUGAUGUUAAUGAGCCAUCUUUAGUUGCACAGGUAACUGAAAUUGUUGCCAAAAAUGAAGAUGUUUUAAGUGUUGAGGAAGAUGUUAAAAUGAAGUCAAGUCCAACGAAACGCAAUGGUUGGCAUUGCAAAUUAGCCCUAACCUUCACAAAUACUUGUUCAAGCUCAUUAAAAGAUAACGAGACACAGCAUAUAUGCGAAUCGCUGGGAGCCAUAGAGCAAGCCAGUGUUGGACUCUGCAGAUCCUCACAAACUGAGCCACAAGAUUUUGCACUAGCAUGGAGAAUAGAGAGAAAAAACUUAGAUAUUGUUGACCCAAUAAAAGUUAUUACUGGAAAAAGUAGUAGGUUCAAGUCAAAGUCGUUGGAAACCAACUUAAAUGCUCAAGAGCAUAUACCAUACAGAGUGAUGCAUCAUAAAAGUACAGCUGUAGAAGAGGACGACAUUAUUCGUCUGGGGGAUGAGGACAGUCUUAAUAUUCUCUGCAAGCUCUUUAGGUCUCUUUCUUUUGAGGUUCUUAAAGAUUUAUUUGAAAGGUGCAAUAAAGAUAUAGUAUGGACAACAAACUUGCUUCUGGAUUCUGGCGAAAAGAUCUACAAAGAUGAGGAAUGCCAAUCAGAAAAUGACUUUACAAGUGAGAGAGAACAAUGCAAACAUUUAGUAAGCUGUUGCCAAUCUAAGGACAAUGUACAAAGUACCGAAUCUCUGCUAAUUCAUGACAGUUCUUUACUAAAUUAUGAUAUCUUGAAAAUGGAUGAUUGCAAUUUUAAAGACAGUAGUCUGAAGGCUUGUGAAAAUAUUACAUUUGUAAAUGAAAUGCCCCUAGUUGUUGCAGAAGAAUUUAAAAAUUGCAAUGUGUUAUCUUCUAAUGAAGUGAAUAUUACCCCUGAUUAUCAAAAUAAAGUAUCAACUGAAAGUAAUAGUCUUAAUCUUCACAAGGAAAUGGUAACUGACCUAAUUGGAGAUCAUAAGCCAUGGGAUCCUGAUUUAGAAAAAGGACAGCUUGGUGCACCAGAUAACAGUACUGAAGAAUUAUAUGUUCCUAGCCCAGAUAUGUUCCAGAAAACGUGUAUCCUUCACCAGGAAGAUCCAUUGGUUGACAAGGAUGUAGAACAAACUGUAGAUAUCGUUGCAGAGGAGGACAAAAUGAAAAAUAACAACUCUAGGUCACGGUCCAAGGAGUCCUUACAUUUUGAUUACCUGGAAUUGUCUCUACCUCCAGAAUUUGCCUUUCAGUUGACUGAAUUGUUUGGUCCUGUUGGAAUUGAUCCAGGCUCAUUAACUAUUGAGGAUUGUGUGGUUCCCGUAAAUCUGCAAUUAGCGAAAUCUAUUCACAAGAUGUGGAAAGAAUCAAUUAUGGAAAGGCACAACCAAGAAUCAUUGUCCUAUCAGCUCCUGUUUGAAGACAGCUCACCGAAUGACAGUGCCAUCCUGGAUGAUGUUCUUCAGGCACAAGAGACAGGAUUGCUCGGAGAGCAGUUUGAUGUGUGUCAGGGAGACGCAGACCUGUUUCCUUUCAUGGACCAAUGGAACACAAGAACAAAGAAAGUGUCUCUACGGCAGAUCAUGUCAGAAGAAUUGGCAUUACAGGUCCAUGAAGAUUUGAAGAAGUCUGUACCAAGGAAAAACUGUGCUGUGAAAAUGAAGGAGAACCAACUCUUGGAAUUGUUCCCCCAUGUUGAACAGAACCUGCUUAUGGAUGUAUUUAAAGAAAACAAUUAUUCUUUAGAGGAGACUGAGCAGUUCCUGAGUUACCUUCUGGAGGCUGAUCCUGUGCAGAAUGUUGUGGCUCAAGGCAUGAAACAAGCCGUGCCCUCAGUAGCUGAUAAAACUAAGGAAAAGAGAGUGAAAGUGGAAACAGACAUUCUCAGUGAGCAGUACUUCCAGGAUUUGGAAUACCCAGAUUAUGAUGACUUCCGGGCAGAAGCUUUUCUCUAUCGGCAGAAGCAACAGGAGAGCUACAGGAAAGCUGCAGAAGCUCAUAACCGGGGCAUGAAGCAGGUGGCAGCGUAUUACGCACAGCAGGGCUAUCUGUAUGGGCAGAAGAUGAAAGAGGAGAAUCGCAGAGCAGCGGUUCAGAUUUAUGAAAGGGCCAAUGAGUAUCUGCUGCCGGAGAAUAUAUUAGAUUUGCAUGGGCUCCACGUAGAUGAGGCUAUGAAGCACUUCCGCAAGGUUCUGCAAGACAAGACAGAAGAGAUCAAGCAAAAUGGAGGCAAAACAUAUCUUCUUGUGAUCACGGGAAGAGGAAAUCAUAGCCAGGGAGGUGUACCACGCAUUAAACCGGCCAUUAUCGAUUACCUGACAAAUCAUGACUACAGAUUCCAGGAAAAGACAGCAGGUGUCCUUCGUGUCACGUUGAAAUGAACCUGGAUCAAGGUCAAGAUUGUUGCUUACGAGAAAGAAAAUAUUAUUUACAAUAUUUAAUUGUAAUCUACUGCUGUGUUGUGUGGAUGUUUAUGGUGAAUGGAUUCUCAGAAAAAAAGCUCUAAGCUGAUUAAGUAAUGUCUCUGGUAUAUAGACCAGAAAAAUAUAUGGAGUUAUAUAUACUAAACACCGGGUUCUCAAAGCUGCUGGUUAUCGAUGAUCUUGAUUUAAACCAGCAAUAGUAAUCAAUGCAAAGAUAUUGUUACUAUUGCCGUUUUAAAUUUCAGCGAUCAAAGCUGCUGCUGUUUAGUGAAUAUACCCCAUGGUGUUUUUACUGCCUGACCAUGUUCGUUUUAAUAGAGGAGUUAUUGUUUACCCAGCAAGCGAGUUUGUCAACGUUCAUAGAGCGCAUUUUGUUUAUUUUAUAGCUUAUUUCCACCCGACUCCUCUUCUUGUACAGUUAAGUAAAUGCCUAGUAAGUACCUGAUCCUGCUGCAUCUUCUAAUUUUCUUGGUUUUUUUCUUUUAAACUAAAAAUAAUGAUGCUAGCUGCUGAGAAGAACCUUACUGGCUGAACUGGUUAUUACAUUUUUUUUUUUUUUUUUUAACUUAAUCUUUUAUGUGUUUUUUGAGCCUUAAAGCAAACUAAUCAACACAAUGUACCUUCUCCAGGUCAGUGUUUUGUAGUAAGAGCUACAGUAUUGGGCCAUAACAGUGGUUUUUAGAUGUAGGUUGAUAUGCGCAUUUUAAUUUGAUUCUUCAAGACCAUGUUAUGUUUUCUUGAUUUGCGUUGUUUUACAAUUUAGACCUCCCUCCCUCAAAAUAGAUCAGGUUUUAAGUUAAAGAUAAGUUUUUAAUUUGUCACGUAUAAAUAUAAAAAAUGUGCACUAUGUGGAUUAUAUUUUAGUUUAUAAUGUUCCUCUUUAGAAUUAUGGUUAAUGACUCACUCUUACUUUGGUUUCCACGACUAGAAAAGAAGGAUCCCCAAAUCAAAUUUCUAAAUGUAUUAAAAAAAUAAGUGAAAUUACGUUCUGUUGCUUAAUAAUAAAAUGUAGAAGUGUGUUUUUGAGGCGUUCUCAGUAAAGUGUUCCUUUCAUCUACACACAGAGGCACAUUUUGUUAUCUGAAAUAUUAAUCCUGAAAAUGUAACUUUUCGAUUUACUGGGGACCAGUGACCUCACAGAGCUGCUUCCCAGCCAAAUGUGUCUAUGGCUUUAGCGCCUAGUCUUUUGAUGGGCUGCAUUUUAAUGUCUGUUGGUUUAAGACACAACCUGGCUACCUACCCUUGUUUGUUAAAUCACCUCUGCGCUAGAGAAAAGUUACACUAACAGAACACUAUUUGAGUUUUCUUCCAAUUAUUAUCUCCUAAUUUUUAAUACUACUAUACUUGUUUAUUUACUGUAAGGAAAUAUUGCAUCUUAAUUAGCACUGAGUACUGCUUUCAUUUUUAUGCACACUGUAUUGUAGUUAUUUUUAGCCUGUUAACAUUAAUUGGGACAGGGGUUUUUUAAAAAAGUGAAUCUUAUUUAAGACUCUUGGGUUUGAUUGCUCGAGCAUCUUUUCGUUGUUUUCUUUUCUGAAUGGAACAUGUUGGAAAACUGCUGCAACUUAUGAGCACCUUUUGACAUGAUUGAUCCCUACAGCAAAUUCAUGUUCCGUCUUAACUGUGUAUUCCACAGCAGUGUGGGCGAACGGCCCAUACACAUCAUCCCAGGGAUCAGUGUGGCUGCUUAAAGUGUACCCCUUGCCUGCUUACAGGGGAGACAGAAAUUUUGUGGGGUAAACAUUUACUCAGCCUGUUAUUUUAGAAUCGCCUUGAUGACAUCACUAGUUCCUAGUUAAAUCACAGGACAUAUUCUCAUGAAGAUAAGCACACAAGGUGACUGCCUCUGCUUUGUGUCGGCACUGGCCUGGGUUAUUAAUCUCCGAUAAGAAAGAGUAAUUGUUCUUGUACUUGGUGACAGGGUUUUUUCUCAUAUUCCUUUUCGGUCCUUAGCUCACACUUCAGAACACAAUAAAAGUAAAAUGACUUUUACCAAUGUAAUGUAGAACGGUGGUUCUCAACCUUGGUCCUCAAGUACCCCCAACAGUUCAUGUUUUCCAGGUCACCGAGCAGUUGAACAGGUGUAUUCAAUACUCACUGACACAUUUUAUAAGACCCACAGGUGGAGCAAAUUAUUUCACUUGCAAUCCUGUGAGGAGACCUGGAAAACAUGAACUGCUGGGGGUACUUGAGGACUGAGGUUGAGAACCACUGAUAUAGAAGCUAGAUGUAUAUAUGUGUGUGUGUGUGUGUGUGUGUGUGUGUGUGUGUGUGUGUGUGUGUGUGUGUGUGUGUAUGUAUGUAUAUAUAUAUAUAUAUAUAUAUAUAUAUAUAUGUAUGUAUAUAUAUAUAUCACAAUACAGUUAUCCGAUAGACUUGUGUACAUAUAGAUUUUCUAUGGUAAUUUGUAAUAGUGUUAGUAUAAAUUAACUGAAACAACGUCAGAUUCUGGUGCUUACUGCUGAUUUUACAUAUGGGAAAAAAUGUCCGUAUUGAAAUGCUUUGUGUUAUAAAAAUGCAUUAAUUUGUGUUUUUAGUGUUAGGUUGCCAAUUUUCUGGCGUGUGAACAAAUGUACAGAGAAAAAUAUUUUGAACAGACUUAUUUUUGUUGAUUUUUAUUUAAUUUUUUUACAUGUACAGUUUUUGUGUGGUUUUGUAAUCUUUAAGAAAAAUACAAAAGAUAAUGAUAAUACAAAAGCUAGUAACUCUGUUCUUGUGUUCAUUGAACGACAGAUAUUGAGGAUAUUCUUGUUCCUGCCAUUUGUCACAUGCCAAAAAAUCCUUUGAACCUAGGGCUGUACCUGCCAUACGUUGUGUUUUGUAUUUCUACAGUUCUGUAAAAUGUUUAUUUUAUGGCAUGUAACAUACUUGUUUUGUAACAUGUACAAUUAUUUUAAUGGUAUUUUUUAAAUAAAAAUAAAGGUCAUUUUAAUAAGCUG